GCAAUGGAACGAAUAUGGUUGCCGCUGCUUCUAACAAUUAGAGUGCUUCCCGGAUCUGCUCAGUUCAAUGGCUAUAACUGUGAUGCCAACCUCCACAGCAGAUUUCCUGCUGAACGAGACAUCAGUGUCUACUGUGGGGUGCAGGCCAUCACGAUGAAGAUUAAUUUUUGCACGGUGCUUUUCUCCGGUUAUUCUGAAACAGAUCUGGCACUGAAUGGGAGGCAUGGGGAUUCCCACUGCAGGGGCUUCAUCAAUAACAACACCUUUCCAGCAGUGGUCAUUUUCAUCAUCAAUCUCAGCACCUUGGAGGGCUGUGGAAACAAUUUAGUGGUAUCCACAAUUCCUGGAGUCAGUGCUUACGGAAACACAUCUUCAGUACAAAUAGGAAAUAUUUCAGGAUAUAUUGAUACUCCAGACCCACCAACAAUCAUCAGCUAUCUACCUGGGCUUCUUUACAAAUUUAGUUGUAGCUAUCCAUUGGAAUACCUGGUUAAUAAUACCCAGCUUGCCUCGUCCUCGGCUGCUAUUUCUGUGAGAGAAAACAAUGGAACAUUUGUCAGCACUUUGAACCUGCUCCUUUAUAACGAUUCAACCUACAGUCAGCAGCUAAUUAUUCCGAGUAUAGGAUUACCUUUGAAAACCAAAGUGUUUGCAGCUGUACAGGCCACUAAUCUGGAUGGCAGAUGGAAUGUUUUAAUGGAUUAUUGCUACACGACCCCAUCAGGGAACCCAAAUGAUGAUAUUCGAUAUGAUCUCUUCCUUAGCUGUGACAAAGACCCUCAGACUACUGUUAUUGAAAAUGGCAGAAGCCAGCGGGGCCGAUUCUCUUUUGAAGUGUUCCGAUUUGUGAAGCACAAGAAUCAGAAGAUGUCUACUGUCUUCCUGCACUGUGUUACCAAGCUCUGCAGAGCUGAUGACUGUCCCUUCCUUAUGCCAAUUUGCAGCAACAGAGAAAGGAGAGAUGCAGACAUGAGGACGACUCGGAGCCCCCAGAGCACUUCUGGAAACGCCGUCCUCUCUGCUGGCCCUAUCAUUACUCGGAGUGAUGAGACACCAACAAACAAUUCACAGCUUGGUUCUCUGAGUAUGCCUGCUUUCCAGUUGAACACCGUCACCAGCGCACUGAUAUCGGGAUUGGUCAUUCUGGGCGUCAUGAGCUUUUCCCUUCUCCUGUGCUCACUUGCCCUUCUGCACAGGAAGGGAUCCACCAGUCUGGUGUUAAAUGGCGUAAGAAAUCCAGUCUUUGAUUAACAGCAGCAGGUAGCUGCUCUGGGGGAGAAGGCUUCACUGACAAUACUAUAUGUGAAUACAGUCAGUGUUCCAUCUGAAUUGAAUUUCAGCCAGAAUUUGGUAUUUGUAGGGUUGAUAGAUUCUAUAGUAUAGCUCAUCAGCAUGAUUAGAGCUAAAGAAUUUUGAUACUAUUGCUGUUGUUACCUAGGUAUGCAGCCAGGUCUAUUGUUAUGGUAUGAAUUGGUAUAUUGACAAUAACAAAAAAUUCUAGACCUAGCUCUUAUGGGAUCCUUAUAUUUCAUUUUAUUUAAAUUUAUUUUGAAUAUCGCUUCUGGUGAUAAAAGGUAGACAUGGAAAAAAUGGAGUCUGUUGUAUUUUACCCCAAGCAUUAAAGUCCAGUACAAUGGCAUUAGAUUCACAUAUGUGGUCCUUAAAUAAAUUUUUUUAUUCUAUAUAAUUUCAGUUGUGGCCAAUUUACGCGCCUGAGGUUUAACUACUCAUUCUAUGGCCUCUUGAUUUUUUGGCUGUUUUCAAUGUCUGAGGACAUACAUUUUAAAAGAAACUCCUGGAAAAUGUGUCUUAAAAUAGGACAUCCAUUGGUGUACCAAAUAGUGUCUAACUCUCAAAGAAUAUUCAGUGGCCCUAGAUCAUUUUUCAGUUGGAUCAGAGCGCCUGUGUUCAGUUUUCUCCUUCUGGUUCAUGUGAGAACACAUGUUAACUCUCCUUCCAGGUAAACAGUUCAGCUGCUUUCACAGCUGUGUUUCCAGCAGGGAAGCAACUGUGCAAAGAUCAUUCUUAAUUCAAGAAUCAUUACGUGGGAAAACAAACUAUACUUGUGGAAGAGAACAUUGUCACUACCACAUAAGUUUAGUGUUCCUACAAAGGCUUUUAACAAGUUAGAUUCCUUUUCUUAACAAAGAGGAAAUUACUGUAGUUAAUAAGAAAUUUGCUGGACUCUCCAUAAAAAGUGUUCCUUUAUCUCCAGUAUUUCAUGUCAGUCACAAGAGUCUGGAAAGACCUUUUUUAAAAUUAUUAUUAUUUAAAGCCUUCUUUUUAACAUCUUCUUGUAGGUGUCAUAAUCACCAUGGAAUAAGUACUAUUUUUCUGUAAUAGUAAAGUACAAGAAGCAUCGACUAUUUUAUCAGUUUUGCCAAACAUUUUACAAGCUAAGUUUUAAGCAGCCCAUUUUCUUACAAAACAAAACAAAACAAAACAAAAC